CCGCGCCGGGAGGAGGGUCGGACCGGGUCUCACCCCUCCCCGCCCCCAGGCUCCCACUUCAUGAGGUAUUUCUACACCGGGGUGUCCCGGCCCGGCCGCGGGGAGCCCCGCUUCAUCGCCGUCGGCUACGUGGACGACACGCAGUUCUUGAGGUUCGACAGCGACGCCCCGAAUCCGAGGGGUGAGCCGCGGGCGCCGUGGGUGGAGCAGGAGGGGCCGGAGUACUGGGAAGAGGAGACGCGGAAACUCAAGGGCGCCGCACAGAUUUACCGAGUGAACCUGAGCACCUUGCGCGGCUACUACAACCAGA